GCCGAGGCCGGGAGCUGAGCGCUCUUGGCAGCUUAAGGAAUCGCAGGCUGGGCGCGCGCGAGGCUAGCCGUGCGGCUGCACGCUGGUGCAAGUCGUCCGAGGCGCAGUGAGCGCAGUGGACGCUGAGGCGCUACCGCAGGAGUCGCGGAGCCCCGGUGUCCCUAGCGCACUCAGCAAGGCCCCGGUUCUGGUUCUCUGCAGUCCCCGGAGCAGCUCGCGAUGGCCCCGCGCAAGAACGCCAAGGGCGGCGGCGGCAACAGCAGCGGCAGCGGCAGCGGCAGCGGCUCGGGCAGCGGUAGCCCGAGCACGGGUAGCAGCGGUAGCAGCAGUAGCCCCGGGGCUCGGAGAGAGGCAAAACACGGAGGACACAAGAACGGGCGGAGAGGAGGAAUUUCAGGAGGGUCCUUCUUCACGUGGUUCAUGGUCAUUGCACUGCUGGGCGUCUGGACAUCCGUGGCCGUUGUGUGGUUUGACCUCAUUGACUAUGAGGAAGUUCUAGGAAAGCUAGGAGUCUAUGAUGCAGAUGGCGACGGAGACUUUGAUGUGGAUGACGCCAAGGUCUUAUUAGGCCUUAAAGAAAGAUCUACUUCUGAGAGGACAUUUCCACGGGAGGAGGACGAGGCGGAGACACAGGCUGAGCUGGAGGAGAGGGCUCCCGAGGGGACAGAAGUCCAGGAUGUUGAAGAUGAAGUCAAAGAACAAAUUCAGUCCCUUCUCCAGGAAUCAGUGCACACAGACCAUGACCUUGAAGCAGAUGAGUCAGCAGGAGAACCACUGCCAGAGGUUGGGGACCUCCUCACAGUGACGGACAGCGAUGACAGAUUUGAGGACCUGGAACCCGGGACAGUUCAUGAAGAAAUUGAGGAUAGUUACCACAUGGAAGAGACAGCAUCACAGAGCCAUCCAAACGAUGUAGAAGAGAUGAUGAGUGAACAGGAAAAUUCAGAUCACAGUGAAGCAGGGACAGAGGCUGGCACGCCGCAGCAGGAUCCAGAGGAAGUAAGACACCAAGACUAUGAUGAACCAGUAUAUGAGCCUUCAGAAAAUGAAGGGAUAGAGGUUUCAGAUAACGCCAUAGAUGAUUCCAGCAUAAUUUCAGAAGAAAUAAAUGUUGCCUCUGUGGAAGAACAGCAAGACACACCACCAGUUAAGAAGAAGAAGCCCAAACUUCUGAACAAAUUUGAUAAGACAAUUAAGGCUGAGCUGGACGCUGGAGAAAAGCUCCGGAAAAGGGGUAAGAUCGAGGAAGCAGUGACUGCAUUUGAAGAGUUGGUUCGAAAGUACCCUCAGAGCCCACGAGCACGAUACGGCAAAGCGCAGUGUGAAGAUGACUUGGCAGAGAAGCGGAGAAGCAAUGAGGUUCUGCGCAGGGCCAUCGAGACCUACCAGGAGGCGGCCAACCUGCCUGAUGCCCCCUCAGACCUGGUGAAGCUGAGCUUGAAGCGACGGUCAGAAAGGCAGCAGUUUCUAGGUCACAUGAGAGGUUCUCUACUUACCCUCCAGAGACUAGUUCAGCUGUUCCCUAGUGACACUACCUUAAAAAACGACCUUGGCGUAGGAUACCUCUUGAUGGGAGACAACGACAGCGCCAGGAAGGUUUACGAAGAGGUUCUGAAUGUGACACCAAACGAUGGCUUCGCUAAAGUGCACUAUGGCUUCAUCCUGAAGGCACAGAACAAGAUAGCAGAGAGCAUUCCCUACUUAAAGGAAGGAAUCGAAUCUGGGGCCCCUGGCACGGAUGAUGGCCGGUUUUACUUCCACUUGGGGGAUGCCAUGCAGAGGGUCGGGAACAAAGAGGCAUAUAAGUGGUAUGAACUUGGGCACAAGAGAGGGCAUUUUGCCUCUGUGUGGCAGCGCUCCCUCUACAACGUGAAUGGUCUGAAGGCUCAGCCGUGGUGGACACCCAGGGAGACUGGCUACACGGAGCUAGUAAAGUCUUUAGAGAGAAACUGGAAGUUAAUCCGUGAUGAAGGCCUCAUGGUGAUGGAUAAAGCCAAGGGUCUCUUCCUGCCUGAGGAUGAAAACCUUCGGGAGAAGGGCGACUGGAGUCAGUUCACACUGUGGCAGCAAGGAAGGAAAAAUGAGAACGCCUGUAAAGGAGCGCCUAAGACCUGUACUUUACUAGAAAAGUUUUCCGAGACAACAGGAUGCAGAAGAGGACAGAUCAAAUAUUCCAUCAUGCACCCUGGAACUCAUGUGUGGCCACACACAGGACCCACAAACUGCAGGCUCCGAAUGCAUCUAGGGUUGGUGAUUCCCAAGGAAGGUUGCAAGAUCCGGUGUGCCAAUGAGACCAGGACGUGGGAAGAAGGCAAGGUGCUCAUCUUUGAUGACUCUUUUGAACAUGAGGUUUGGCAGGAUGCCUCGUCUUUCCGGCUGAUAUUCAUUGUGGACGUGUGGCACCCUGAGCUGACCCCUCAGCAGAGACGCAGCCUUCCUGCAAUUUGAAAGGCAUCAGCCAAGACUCGGUUGCUCUCCAGGGAGACUGCCUUUCUGGUUCCUUUUGGGUGUGGAGAUAGAAGUUCAAGUGCUGCAACUCUUCAUCCUCUUGUUGUGCAGCUGAAGACCUCUAAGGUUCCUUCUGGCUUAGAACUCCCUGGAGGGAGCAUUUGCCUUCCUGUAAUUCAUUUAGGAGGCCUCUUGCUUCAUGUCACCCAUGACAGCACAGAACUGGUGCCUGGAUUUAAGGGGAACACUUGGUUGUGUUGUCUACGUGGCUGGCCAAAGAUAUUUUUCUACAUGGAAUAAUGUCUACAUCAUUGUACACGGAAGAUAUACUACAUAUAGAAACUGUGAAUGAAUCACUUUAGUUUAUAAUUUUUCUAUGCAGUUAUAUUUUUCUAAGUGGCUAAACUGUUCUGUCACCAUCUACCCCCAUGUUUUCGUUGGCUUUAAUGACAAGAAGUAUAAAUUCUUUACUUCUAACUGUUAAAUAGUAAUUUCCUGGUAAAUUCAAACAUCUCUUUUUUUAGAAAGAAAAAGUCACAUGUGAAGGAAAAGAACUUUGUUUUCCUAACAUAAAUAGGAAGCUAUGCCAGGAUGCGUGCAUGCAUUGUGCCAACACUUGUUCUUGGGUCUACCUGUGUAACUCAUUUAGACUCAGUGUCUCCCCCUUCCUCUGUGCUAAAUAAUAGGAAGUUCUUAUUUCUAAGAGCAACAUUUUUUUUAAUUACACUGAGCAAAGCCGUAGAAACAUUUCAUAUUGUGAUAGGAAAAUACCACAGAAAAUGGAGCUUGGAGAGAAAGUAUUACAAGGAAAUGAAAUUUCCAGCUCAGGAUCAGGGGCCCAGGUAGCCUGGCGUGGUGUCUUUGCCUUCUGUACACAAGGCCUAGAAUCUGCAGUGUCUGCCUACUGUAGAUCCACUUGAGUGUCAAGAAGAUCACCUCUUGGUCUCUGAGAGGCUUUUCACUAUUUUAUCCGUGUAGGAAUAGCAGCAUAGGAAGUGGCCAGGGAUGCUAACAUCCUUGAUGGUCAAGCAUCCUUGAUUAUGAAUUUGCAGUGCGUUUCCAUCUUCCUCCCCUCAAAAUAAUGUCAGGCAUCUCACUUUAUUUUGAAACAGUGUUUCAUAGGCAUGUUUGAUUGAGUGCUACCCAUGGCUGAGAAAGAGCAAUAGAAAGUCAUCUUGCUCCUCACAAUGAUCAUUAGUAAAGCGUUACUACAUUUUAGUUUCUAUUUUAUAAUUGAAGAUAACUCAAGCCCUGGAAUGUAAUGACAUUCAUGCACUGAUCUCUAAGCCAGUUGAACAACAUCGCUGCAACACCCGGCUGGUGUUCCAGCCCCAGUAGAGAAAACAGAGAUGUGUACUUUUUAACCAAUGUCCAAGAAAGCAACUCUCUAUACCUCAUUUAAAGAGCAAUUCUUUAAAGUUGAUCCUUUCCCUUUUAGCUUAAGGACAUCAGCUCUUAGUAGGAAAGUUUACAAAAUAUGUGUCCAUUCUUAAAAUAGGUACUUAGUCCUUCCUUUGCCAGUGUUCAAAAAUUCCUCUAAAACAGAUGGCAAAGGCAUUGGGGGUAGGGGGGAAAUAUCAAAUCCUUACCAAAUUCCAGAAAAGAAAGCAAACUCUCAGACAACAAAAAGUUAUUUGUGUUCUUCAGUGUUUAUUAAACGGAGGAACUUACUGACAAAAGGCAAUACAAUCCAGUGUUUAUGUAGUAACCCUUGGUUACCUGCUGGGUUUGGUUCUCCUAUAUAUUACAUACACAUAACGAAAUGCAAACCAUGUGUUCUCAUUGUUAAACUAUCACCUUACAUUCAUGUAAUAAAAUGGUGGAAAUGAGUGAAAAUUAGCUGUUAACUUAGUAAAUAUAACAUGUUUUUUAAAAUAUGGUCAUUACAAUACGAUUCUAAAUAUUGCCAUGUGAAAAGUCAGAAGUACCAUUACUUUUACAAGUGUUGGCAAUAGCUGACUCCAACAGUGUUGGACCCACAUUUGAUCUUACAAACACAAGCAAUAAAAGAUUUUCUAAUUCACUUUAAUUUUUCCUCACUCUUAUUUGAGUCAUAGGAAAAGAAUUUCCAUCCAUGUCUUGGUAGACAUUUUUCAAGGUUGUUAUGUUACGAUUUUAAAGGUCUAUACAAAAUGAAUUGGUGUUUUAUUUUUAAUAUACUGUGAUGCAAUUGUUUGGGAAAUAUUUUAAAUUCUGUUUCAAUUUUACUUCUUCAAGUUUGGAACAUAAAAAUAGCUUCUGUUACUAUUCUCUGCCAGUAGAAAAAAAUAAUAAAACAGUAGAUCAACCGAGAAGGAGUUACAUCUAGUCUGUAGCUGAGGGAUCAGGGGUAGAACACUUGCCUGGCAUGACAAGGCCCUGGGUUUGAUCUUCAGCACUGGAGGGAGAUGGGGAGGAAAGAGGAACAGGGAGACAGAGAAAGAAAGACGAAGGAAAAGGAGAAGGGGCUGAGGAGGAGAAAAGUGGGAAGGAAUAGGCAAAGAGAGAGGUGGAGAGAGAAAGAGGCGAGAAUGGGGGAAGAGAGACAGAAGAGAGGGAAGUAGCCGUGAUUAGCAAUGUCGUUUGGGUGUUUAUGACUGAAAGUAAGUUGAAUUGGUUUCCUCUUCUCUUUAGGAUGUUCAGCUGGUAAAUCAACCUACCAAGUGCUUAAAAUGUAAAGUAUUUUGAUAAGUGUUACCAAUGAAAGUUUUUGAUAUUAAGCACUCUGGCCAUAUUAGUGUCUGUGUCCUAGAGAUAGCUAGGGAGUAAGAUAUCUGCAUAUACUCAACUGGUCUUAGGAAACAUUGUACAGAUAAAAUAUCCUACCCUUUGCUAUUUUCUGUCUGACUUCCUGUGCAUGGGAACUGGGGUCCAUUUCUAAGGAGAAUGGAUAAGGAAGUAGGUUGGUCUUUGGCAUUUCAUCUUGCAUUCUUGGUUCUCUUUAGCUUGGUAUUUACAUGCUGAGCCAUCCUUAAGGGUCUUCCUGUGAGAUUUGACUGCCUGCCCCCUCAAGGCCCUUCUCCACUGGUAAUAGGAGCGGCAGGACAAGGGGUCUUAUUUGAUAGCACUUUUUUUUUUCUGUAGCAACCCAAGAACUAAUUUAAGUGGGCUCAUUAGUCACAGGUGUGUUGUUUUUUUUUCUCAAUGAGUCACACCCUGUCUGUAAGCAUUCACCUACAGGAAAUCACUUGGCUACAAUGAAGCAGCCAUUUUUUUUCAAACUGCCUCUGUCUUCUUAAAAAGUAAUUCAUGAAGUCAGAUGAUGGCCUUACAACAUGAUAUCAAAAUCAUUCUUGUAGGAGAGAGAUGUAAAUUAAAAACUUUGCCAAUAGCCAGAUGUGUGAGAUCACACUCUUAGACCAAACACUUAGAUGCUGGUGAUGAGGUCAGAAAAUAAGUCAAUACAACUGGAAAUUAUGGUAGCUACUGUUGCUUGGGGUUCAGCACUACGUUAAACUUGCCCGAUGUGUCUGCACAUUUUAACGCUGAUGUAUUUACUUGGGAAUGCGUUUUCAUCUUAAUUCGCAAAACCUGGAGAGGGUUCCCAUGUGAAUCUUUAGAGCAAUGUAUAUGCAACUAAUUUAGGGUUUGUUUCCCCCUUUUAAUGUAUACUUGCUGCCAGAAAUACGAGGGGAGGGAGACUCCUUUUUACAUAAAUGCCUUUCUUCAUCCCCCUCAUCAUCCCUCACUAAAACAUAUAUUAAUUAGUUAAAUCUUAAAAGCAUCUCUCAGAUCUUUGUCGAGUGUGGGCUGCCCAGACCAAUGGCUGCAGACAGUCAUGGCUGGGGUAGAAAUGGAGGAGCUCAUGCCAAGCAGAGCACGCAUGUCUGUAGGUCAGUGGCACAGGCUCGCUGGAUGGUUGCUCCACCGGAGGCCUCACUGCUGCCGCCUCAGUCCAGAGCCAGCAGUGGCUGGGUGUUCUCAUUUUCCCCCUUCUCUUCGUGUUUCAAGGUCCCAGCUUCUACCACAGACUGAGACCUAAUGAGAGAGAGGAAGGAGACACAGAGUCACAGACCGUCCAUGCUAGCUAUUCACCUGGAGAAUCAAAGCAUGUAAAAUUGCGGUUUAGUACUUCCCUUUUGGUGUCUGUUUUCCACACACCACUUUAAUUUCUUUAUUUCUUUUUGUUUAUUUUUCUGAAGAUUGAACCUGGUCGUUCCGAGACUCUUUUUUUCUGCUGACUUUGAUCUGUACCAUUUGGCUGUAAUAAACCAUAACUAUGGCUGUCCAUGCUUCAAAUAAAAAUAAAGGUAAUUCCAAAG